AUGGGUGCCAUCAAGGUCCCAGGCUCGCUCUAUCUCCUCCCCCCACAGGUGAGCAGCUCCAGGCAGAUGUCAAGCAGCUUUAGGGAUUAUAAGAAGAUCAAGUUUGUGCUGUGUGGGGACAAGGAGUUCUUUGAGGAGGUGUCAGAGAGCAAUUUGCAGCCUGGGGAUAUCGUGCUCGUCCCCUGUCUAAGCACAACUGGUGUCAACAGGAACAGCUUCCAACAUGCAGCCGUGUACUGUGGGGACGGAGAGGUCAUACAUUUCCAGGGCACGAGCCGUUUCUGGAGUACGGGUCUGAUCAGCAAGGAAGGCUUUGAAGCCAUGAAAAAGGAGAGGGGGAAAUGCCAGAUUCUACGGAAAAAAGGUGGGAUCAACCUCAAUGACUUCCGUUGUAAAGUCAGGGAGGCGAUGAAAAGCGAAGCCAACUAUAGCUUGCUCAGAAACAACUGCAUCCACUUUGCCCUCUACCUCCUGGACAUGGCGGAAUUCUACAUGAAACUGGUGGAAAUCCAAAAUGAAGAUGACAGCUGCAGCAGUAGGGACAUGUUGACCAGUGUUAGGGAGUGUAAGAUGAUGAAGUUUGUGCUGUCUGGGGACAAGGAGUUCUUUGAGGAGGUGUUGGAGAGCAAUUUGCAGCCUGGGGACAUCGUGCUUUUCCCCCAUCUCAACGUGCCUGCUAUCAUCAGCAGCAUCUUCAAACAUGCAGCCGUGUACUGUGGGGACGGAGAGGUCAUCCACUUCCAGAGCACGGCCCUUUUCUGGAAUAGGGGUCGGAUCAGCAAGGAAGGCUUCAACGUCAUGAAAAAGGAGAGGGGGCAAUGCCGGAUCCUCCGGAAAAAAGGUGGGAUCAAUGUCAAUGACUUCCGUUGUAAAGUGAGGAAUGCGAUGAACGGUGAAGCCAACUAUGACUUGUACACAAACAACUGCAUCCACUUUGCCCUCUACCUCCUGGACAUGGCAGAAUUCUACAUGCCACUGGGGAGCAGCCACGUUGUGUGAGGGGUGGGGUCUGCCGCGUCCCCUUGAGGAUGAUCCCUCCGCCGACCCACAGAGGAGCCUCAGCAUCACCCCGCGCACCCCAACGCAUCAUCACAGGGAAGGGGGGGGGAUUAGGUGGGGGUGUGUGUGCUUGCUUUCUGCUUGCCAGUGCUUAA